AUGGCUAAGUCCAGACUCCAGAAGCUGUUUGUACAGAACACAUUUCACUUGGAAGCCAAGGGCUUGGACCUUGAUCAAUACGGUCAUUACCGUUACAAUACCGGUGGAUCUGCCACGGUUGCCCUUUCCUCUACUCUUCGCCUUUCCUCCUUUCUCAACUUCGAUUUUCUUCUUCUCUUGUUUAUUCCAACUCCAUUGAUUUGCGCCAGUGCGCUCUCGCUUUCUGUUGCCCCUAUCUGCGACGAGAUCCCGCGCAUAUCGUCCAAGCGCCCUACGGGCCAUUGA